AGACAAUAUUUUGAAGCUUGAGACUUAACUAUGGAUUCUUAAGAAAAGUAGCAUCUCACCAUGGAGGAAGAUGAAUGUAUAUAUUAGUAUCUUAGAUUGCGAGGGAGUGUUACUAUAUUGAUCUUACCUUCUUUUCUCUCUUUUGUGUUCAUUGGAUCUAGAACUUUGUCUACUUAUCAUCAUGUGUUAGUGUAGUAUCAAUGAAUGUAUCAUUGAGACUCUUUUUUUUAUUUUAUUUUGCAGAUUACUGCUUUUAUUAAAGCUUGCAAAGAACAGAUCGAUAUUCUCAAGAACAGCAUUAGAAAUGAAGAAUCAAACUCCAAAGGAUGGCUUGGCCUCGCAGCAGCAGCGGAGGAUAACUUCAAUGCUGAUACUAUAGCACACAACACAUGGAGUGGUAUGAAUAUGAGCCAAAUGGAGUAAGCCAACUUCGGUUUUAUAUCUUUUUUUCGUUCAAUGUAUCUAAAUGUGUAGACAUAAUGGUAGAUUUAUGUUGUGCAGGUUUUGAUUCUGAGCGAGAAGCUUCAUUCAGUCACUGCACAGUUUGAUCAGCUUAGAGCUACUUGUUUCCAAGAUAUUAUUAACCGAGCUUUGCCGAGAAGAAAACCUAAGAGGAACGCAAAGGAAGCAAGUGCAGUUCAUACAACUCUGGCCAUUUUAGUGUUUCUCACUCAGCUUGACCGCUAAAAUGCAACGAAGAACGUGGAGCUUGGAAACAGAGAGAGCUUUCUCAAGCAAUCAAACGCAACAGCAGCAUAACCUUUUUCUUCGUCCUUACUUUCUCUGUCUUGUUAGUUAAAAAGAGUCUUAACACCAUUUAAUCUCCAACAAACCUCACACACACACACAGAGGUUGUGUAGAUUUUAAUUGUUAAAACGCAUAAAGUUAUGAAAAUUUGGAAAGGUGUUUUGAUCAAAGUCACCGUCAUUGUUAUCAAAGUUGAGACGUCUUUUUAACAUAGAAGUCACAGUUUAUUUGACUCGUGGCUAUGAGAGGUAGAUAAUAAAACCUAAAGGAGAGAGAGGACAAAGUUCCCUAAAACGGUGUCGUUCCGCUCUGUAGUUUAGAGUCUCUCUCAUCUUGAAUAUGCUCCUUUGACCUCUCUCUCUUCUCUCUACAUACAGAAGAAGCCGUUUCUCUCUCCUCUCCCCCUCACCUCCUGAAACUGAAGGGGAAAUGCGGUUCGUUGAGAUGGUACUGAUUGAUAAAAGAGAUAGAGAAACCUAACUCUUCUACAUAGACAAGAAACGCCGCAGAGAUCCCUCCCUCUCCCUGCUUAGUUGAGUUGGAAAGUUUUGAGCUUUUAGCAACUCAGGGGUAAUGGAGGGUAAUGAUGACCAAAACUUGAAGGCCAUAAAGGCGUCGGUAGGAAGAUUAGUGUGGGUUCGCCUCCGUAACGCCUCGUGGUGGCCCGCACAAACUCUGCUUCUUGAGCAACUUCCUCAAACCUCCUCCUCUCCACAACUAGGCACUCCUAUUAAGCUUCUUGGUCGUGACGACGUUAACGUGGAGUGGUAUGUCCUUGAAAAGUCCAAGAGCGUCAAGGCCUUUCGCUGUGGAGAGUAUGAUUCUCACAUUGACAAGGCAAUGGCUGUUGCUGCUGCAAAGGCUGCUAAGAAGAAGACUGCCAAGCUUACUCGCCGUGAAAAUGCCAUCAACAUCGCUCUCCAGAUUGAGAAUGCACAUCUCUGUAGCUCAUCCCCAGAGCCUGAAGAAGAUGGAUUGGAUUCAGCUAUGUCUUCCCAAGAAACCUUGCUCAAGGUGCAGCCUAAGAGAAGAAGAACACCGAAUGACUCAGAAGAUGAAGGGAUCAAGCGGAUGAGAGGGCUUGAGGAUAUUGGCAAAGAACAUGUCGGUGCUAUUGUCGUGUACAGGCAAGAAGUGGGUUUGAACUGUGGUGAUUCAGUCUCCAAUGGAGGAGACAAGGCGUGCCCCCCGUUGUCACUGAAAAGAAAAAGGUCACAAGUAGUCAUCAAUGCUAACGACUGCUCCAAAAGAAAAAACCGACGCAGGCAACUGACUAAGGUGUUAGAGAGUACGGCUAUGACUACUGUCACCUCUGGAAUGGAGCCUGUGGAAUCCAUGAAAAGUGUCUCUGUUGUUAUCAACAAUAGUUCAGACAGUGUUUCAUGCGAGAAUGUUGUUGGAGCCAAGGCUAAAGACAGUGACAUUUCCAGCUUAUCAGUUUCUGCGGAGGAUGAUCCUUCUUACCAACUAUAUGAUGUUCCACUAACCGGAAAGGCAGUUAAUGGAUCUGCUUGUAGUACAAAUCCACCAGAUACGCAGCUUGUCAUCUAUGAUUUGAACAGGAUUGAGAAGAGCACUUCUGAGUGGCAACUUAAAGGGAAGAGGAACUCAAGGCAGAUGAGCAAGAAACAAGAAGCGAGAAGAUUUGUCUACGGCGAAGAAGCUAAUAACAACAGUUCUUUGCCUCUUCCUGCGCUGUUCGAAGUGAAGAUUGAGGUGAAAGCCAGCUCUAACAAACCCCGUGUUCCCCUGGUUUCUCGUAUGAGUGAGCUGAAUGGGAAAGCUAUUGUCGGGCAUCCUGUAAGUGUUGAAGCCUUGAAAGAAGAAGGAUAUUGCAAUGGUAAGGUGAUGUCUCAAGCUGUUGUGAAGGCGAAGCCAUUAUCGUCCGAAAAGAAGAGCAAGAAGAGGAAAUCACAGACUGCUUUUGGAAAGUCAAAGAAGAAAUCGUCUUCUUCGGUAUCGAUAAAGACAAGGCGGCUCUCUACUCUAACGAGCCAGAAGCUGACGGGAAGAAGCAAGAUGCAGACAACAGGAAAGGCAAAGGAAACGGUUGUAGCUUGUAUACCGCUGAAAGUGGUCUUCAGUAGGAUAAACCAAGUGUUGAAAGGCUCAGCGAGACAAACGCAACACCGACCAUUGCCACCUUCAGUCAAAGCAUGAGAUAAAUUUUUUGGAGAAGUCAUCACUGAUGGGUUUUGGGUACAAAGACUGAGACCUUUUUUGAGUCAUGCAGAGACAUAGAAACAAAAGAGAAGUUGCAAGUGAGCAAAUGUAUAUAUAGCAGUAGUUAGUCGUUGAGGUGUAAAACUGAAGGGUUUAGAUUAGAGAGAUGAGAAAGUUGCUUGUUUCAGGGUUUACUCAUUGUUUGUGUUUGAAUUCUCAACUUCUUGUUUUUGUGUUUGUCAUUUGAGUCUCAGUUCCUUCAUACAUUUUGGUUUAACUCUUUAAGAGAGAACAAAAAGAUUAAAGCUUUUAUUAUUAGAA